AUGGCCACUUUGGAUGCAUUAAAUGCCACCGAUGGUGGUGGCAUCGCCAGUGAUAUUAGCCAAUUUGUAUUCAAUUCCUUCGAUUACAGCGUAUUCGUAUUUAUGUUGUGCAUCUCCGCCGGUAUCGGCGUCUAUUUCGGUUUCUUUUCCAAGGGCGAAGAGACCACCGAAGAAUAUCUGCAUGGUGGUAAACAAAUGAAAACUCUACCCAUAGCCAUAUCGCUGGUGGCCAGUCAGUUAUCGGGUAUAUCGAUUAUGACAAUACCUGCGGAAAUGUAUAGCUAUGGUAUUAAUUGGUUUUUCAAUGUGGUCUCAAUGGUGGUGAUUAUACCGAUUUUAAUAUGGGUUGUCAUUCCGGUGUUCUACAAUAAUAAUAUAUCCAAUUGUUAUGAGUAUUUGGAAGUCCGUUUCAAUCGCAAGACACGUGAAAUACAAACCAUUGCCUUUAUGAGUACAUUGUUCCUGAUGAUGCCGGUUUUUAUUUUUAUUCCCGCCUUGGCAUUUUCUCAGGUUACUGGUCUAAACAUCCAUUUGAUCAAUGGUGUGGUCUGUGCCAUCUGUGUCUUCUAUACCAUGUUUGGUGGUAUUAAAGCUGUCGUUUGGACCGAUGUGGUUCAAGCUGCCAUUAUGGUUGUCUCUGUAACUUUGGUGGGACUUUUGGGUGCCAGUAAAGUCGGAGGUAUAGGAGAAGUUUUCCGCAUUGCAGCAGAUGGUGGUCGGAUGAAUGUUAAUUUCGAAUUCGAUGCCACAACACGUUCAACAUUCUGGAAUAAUUUCAUAUCCUCCACGGUAAUGUGGUCAUCAUAUGUCGGUCUCAAUCAGAGUUGUGUACAACGUAUUGUCUCCCUGCCUACCCUGAAGCAUGCCAGAAGAUCCCUAAUGAUAUUCGGCGUGGGCUUUGUCAUGAUCAUGUUCUUCAAUUGCUUCACCGGCAUUGUGAUGUAUGCCCGCUAUCAUGACUGUGAUCCCUUGGCCGCCGGCUUCGUUAGCAAAGCCGAUAAACUAAUGCCCUUCUUUGUGCAGGAUGUUGUCGGCCAUCUGAAGGGUAUGCCCGGCGUAUUUAUUUCCUGUGUCUUCAGUGCCGCUUUGAGUACCAUGUCGGCGGGUAUGAAUUCACUGGCCGGUGUUGUCUAUUUCGAUUAUAUUAAACCGCACAUUAAACACACCGAACGUCGUGCCAAUUUGACAAUGAAAGCUUUCGUUCUCUUCUGCGGCAUCUAUUGCAUCGUCGCCGGUACGGUGGUCGAAAAAUUCUCAUCGAUUUUACAAGUUGUCUAUUCGAUUGGUGGUGUAACAUUCGGUUCUGUCUUUGGGGUAUUUAUGUUGGGUAUGUUGGUGCCAAAGGCCCAUGGACGUGCUGCUUUCUGGUCGGUAGUUGCCAGUAUGGUGGUAAUGAUCUAUGUUGUCGGUGCCUCGCAGGGUAGAAACCAAUAUGCAACACUACCAAGCUCGGUGGAGGCAUGUCCUGCUCUUAAUAUGACCAGCUCCAACAUGUCAACCUAUCAACAAACAUUCGAUAGCAUCGACCCCGAGAAAGGUUUCAAUAUACUCGAUUUAUCCUUCAACUGGUAUGUGACGUUGGGCGCCAUUGUUGUGUUCGCGGUCGGCAUACCUCUCAGCUAUAUUUUGGAGCCGGAGAAGGGUGCCAAAUUCGAUGUGAAAUUAUUGUCGCCAAUCAUUCAGCCGUUUGCCAAAUACGAAAUGGCCAACACCGAGGAGGUGUUGGAAGUUAUCACAACAAAAACGAAAUCAUAA